UCCUUCGUUCCCAAAGGCAAUGAGAUAGCUUUCAAUUUGGAAGUAUAUUUGAAUAUUUGGAACACAAUUGCUGCCGCACACUACAAAGUAAUUGAGGGACACGCGGUUAGGGGCCUCAUGCUGCGUUCUUGGUCCUUUUGAAGAUGCAUAGUCAGUGGCCAUGUCUUUUGAUCCUGCUUGUUUUAAUCGUACUCGUCCUAGCUGCUUGCGGAUAUUACACCAUUAUUCACCCGAAACAGAUUCAUCUGGAGAGCUGUUACCUCAAAGGCGGAUCCUGCCGGGAAUCGUGGAACUGCGAGGAAAGGUUCCGCAGUCGCGUUCGCACCACGUGUAUCAACAAACGAAAGAUCUGCUGCAUGUCAACGGUCCAGAUAAAGAGCCUUCAGGAUGCCGAAUACUACGCCGAGUGAAGGUCCUUUGGAUUGGAGACUUCCUAUGUCAAAACAGCCAGUUCGCUUGGAGGACAUACCACUCAUAUUGCAAACCAUAUCUUGUAUUGAAUGUAUCAUUUCGUAGGCAAUUUAUUACAAUGGAUUAAUGAAGUUAAAUUAGUAUUCCGGACCCGACGAUCCUAAAUUUUUAGUUAUGUCUAAGUAGAUGUUGUAAAUUAGAUGGUGUGACAUUUUGUAUGAGCA